AUGAAGGCCGGAAGGGAAGCCAGGGAGCUGCAGUGUGGUAAUAUGAUCAGUUAUCAGCAACUUGUCCGUGUUCACCUUUAUGAUGCGCUUGAAAAUACGCAAGGAGCGAAGCUCAUCAGCACAGUCGACGCUCAGCAAAUAACACGAUUAGCUGUGGUACCAAGAAUGGCUGUGUUGCGGCGAAUUGUGGUGACGUCACAAGUAAUUGUGGUCACAAGUACAUCACGAGUUGUUGUGGCGCCACUGAUAAUUCCGGCACCACGAAUAAAUGACGUGUCAUGUACAGUUGAGGUGUGA